AUGCGUGGGGGUUUUCGAAGGGGACGAUUUGACAAGGUUCCGCAACCCGGGGCAGUUAGUACCUAUUCAGAAGCAAUUUAUCCCCCUCGUGUGUAUCAUCACUAUACUCAACAGCCUAGCUCUUCCGCACCUGCGUUGGCAACAGUUAUUGUCCCAAGCAUCGAUGACGGUGUUGGCGAGUCGCGUGGACGUGAGGGGAUUCCUCACAGCGUUGGCGCAAUGAUGGAUAAAAAAACUCCGCCAUUGCUUCGUGACUUUGUUGGUUGCUUUAUCGAUGGUAAUCAAUAUAUUGCGAAUUCUCGUGCCUUUACAGUUUUAGAUUCUGGAAAGGAGCCUCUCAAUGUGCUUCAUUAUCCAAGUUUGCUUGGAAUCAGCAAAAAAGACCAAAACGUUGAGGGCUCUAUAGCGGACAAAGGUGCAUCACAAACUUCCACCGUCGUAGAGCAGCAAAUACGUCACUGGGAGGAUGCAUUAGGACUUCCAGCAGAACUCAGGCUCUAUGGACUGGUAAAAGAUAGUGGCGAAAUGCCAGCCGCCGCAGUAGAUCGUCUUCGCAUUCGUCCGGCCAAACAAAAACGCAUUGUGAAACCGAUACGGCGAGGUACGAAGGUGAUUGUUAUCCCCCUCGCUGGCGCCGACGAUGCUCAAGAAAUCAAAAAAAUAAGACGAACUGUGGUUGAAGAUGAUGAGGUUGAGGGUGGUAAAAAGGCACAAAUAAAACACGAGAACGGCGAUCAUGAUGAUGAAGGAAGUGGUGGCGUUUAUGACAGAGAGGAUGAUGAAGCAUCAUUGUCCUUUCAAGUCGAUGACGAUGACGACGGCGGUGACUUGGAUGGACCUGAAGACAGUGGAGGUGAGGACAAUUUUUUUUAA